AUGGAGGAGGAGGAGGAGGAGCAGGGGGAGGACAAGGACAAGGACAAGGACAAGGAGGACCAGGAAGAGGAGGAAAUGCAACACCAUCUUCUCACCAAGUUAAGAGCUGUGGAAGCGAUUCAGGAAACGAAUACUUCCCUGAAAGAGGAAAUCAGUUCUCUGAGAAAUACACUUGGGUGUAUGAAAGGAACCGAGUCAACGCUCUAUCCGUUGCCCUCUGCUCCGGUCCAUUUCCAGCAUAUUUCAGAGGCUAAAACCAGCAUCACCACCAAGCCCUCCGAGAAAGUCGUAUUUUCCCGGUUCACAGAGUCCACCUCCACAGUCACCCUUCUCCACGGGAGAUCUUUGUCUAGGAUGGUCCGAUUCCCUAUAUCUUCUCUCGUGACGGUGGACAAAUCUUUAGGUGAGACCACAUUUGGCACCAGGCACAGCGCUAUGGCGCAAAAACAGUUCCUUCCUUGCUCUGACACCUUUGACGAAGAAGAACUAGGAGAUGGUCAGGAUUAUAUGAGAACGUUGUUUGGUGACCCUAAGCAGAGCAAUAACAAACUGAUGGAGAAAACCGGACAGUCCAGAAUUCCAGCUGAGUACCACAGUUCACCAUCAUCCAGUGUUGGGGAUCUUAAAAUUACUGAAGUUCAUUUUAGGGGCCAUUAUGUGAAGAUACUCAACGAUUCAUUUGACAAAGAAGAGAGCAUUGGCGAUUAUACUCUUCAGCAGAAUAUUAAUGGCCAGCCAGCAGCAAUUUUUAAAUUCCCCCCCAACAUCAGAAUGAAGCCGAAAUCCUGUGUGACGGUCUGGUCCAUGGAUUCGAACAGGCCCCAUAAUCCUCCCUCGGAUUAUCUCUGGAAGGAGCUGGACAGGUUUCAAUCUGGGCCCGACUGCACCACCAUCCUUUGCCAUCCUUCCGGCCAGGCCGUGGCUUGGUACACACCCAUCAACUGGAAGAGGAAGCCGUUGAAGGUGAUGGACUCCGGUGCGAGAAUCAGCAGGAAAUCCAUGGAGGUGGUGAGAAGAGCCAAGGCCCAACCAAAACAGGAGCCGUGGGAAGCCAGAGCGUUUGACACGUGGCAAGCGUUGCCCAAUCAAAGCCAUCUGACGGAACCCGAACCGGAUUACAUCCUAAGGGAAAAAAAGAUGCCCGUCAUCCGGCACCCGGUUCAGAAUUCGUGGUGCCAAAGUCCCAGCUCUCCCACGCACCCCCAUUUUACCCUGGGGAGGACCCUCCCGCCAGGAAGCAAGGAAAUCCACAUGUUGAGCCAAACGAGGACACAAGUGAUGAAUACGUUCCCCUAUCUGGACAGUUCCUACUUAGGAGAAGGUUAUAAGGUAAAGCUAGCCACUGCAUACAGGAACAAGAAAAACCGAAUAAAGCCACCACGAUCAGCUGGGCCAUCCUCACCAAUUGAGGAGGGCACCUGUUGCAUCUGA